AGUUCCACCUCAUCCAAUGGAAUCAGAGGGUUCUCUGAGCACCACAAGACAACAUCCUUGACGCUUGCCUGCCUGCCUGCCUGCCGAUGCAAAACUCAAAAUAUUACUUGUUUCACUCUCUCUGCUCUGCCACUCCUACCCACCAAUAUUUGCUUGUCUUUGGACCAAAGCAAAGUCAUGGCCUCUGCUUCACCAAUGGCCAGCCAGCUCAAAUCCAACUUCACCUCCCCAAUCACUAGACCUGCUUUGGUUUCACCCAAAGGCCUCUCUGCCUCUCCCCUAAGCCUCUUGCCUUCUAAAAGACUCUCUUCCUUCACCAUCAAGGCCGUCCAAUCUGACAAGCCAACUUUCCAAGUGAUUCAGCCCAUCAAUGGUGAUCCCUUCAUUGGAAGCCUGGAGACUCCAGUGACAUCUAGCCCAUUGAUUGCCUGGUACUUGUCCAACCUCCCAGCCUACAGGACUGCUGUGAGCCCACUUCUCAGGGGUAUUGAGGUGGGCCUGGCUCAUGGGUUCUUGCUGGUGGGCCCAUUCGUCAAGGCUGGUCCAUUGAGGAACACACCCUAUGCUGGGGGAGCUGGCUCCUUGGCUGCUGCGGGUCUUGUGGUCAUAUUGAGCCUUUGCUUGACAAUCUAUGGAAUUUCAUCCUUCAAGGAAGGAGACCCAUCCACAGCUCCUGCUUUGACCCUAACUGGCCGGAAAAAGGAGCCCGAUCAGCUUCAAACCGCCGAGGGAUGGGCCAAAUUCACCGGCGGCUUCUUCUUCGGAGGCAUUUCAGGUGUUACUUGGGCCUACUUCCUCCUCUAUGUUGUAAACCUUCCUUACUACGUCAAGUAGGUUUGCUUAUUUUAUUUGCUUCAAACUGUAAUGACUCAUGUAAUGAAUGAUGUAAGCUAUAUUGUUUGUGAAGAUCUAUCUAUAUUCUUUAUGUUUACCAA